CAUAAGGCAGAGCAGAUCGGAGUCAGUAGUGGUCAAUUUCUGCAAUCAGUUCUAAGCAGAGAGAGAGAGAGAGAGGCAGACAGACGUAAACAGACAAAACAGCCAGCAGACGGUGUGCCAGCAACAUGAGGAAUCAGGUCGGCGCUGGUAGCAGCAGCAGCUAAGAGAUGGAAGAUAAAGCGGUGCCUGGGACCCAGUAUAUCUCCACCGCCGGGCGGCCAGGAGAUGCUGGUGGGAUGGGCGGAGGGUCAGCUCCACGGACUGCGUCCAAGUGCGAGCAAAGCCAGCCGGAGUCCCAGGGCACCGUCCAGAGAGCCCUGGAUUUCAAGAUGCAAGGCAACCAGUGCUACAAGGCGAAGAAAUUCCGAGAAGCCAUCGGCAAAUACCAUCGGGCUCUGCUGGAGAUGAAGACCUUCUUGGCGGUCACUGAUCCCGAGUCGUCGUCCUCCUCUGUCCAGGUCCAGCCUCCCUCCUGCGGGAGAGCGCCGGUCGCACUGACCGAGGAAGAGAGGAGGCUGGUGGAGACUAGCGAGAUCGAGUGCUACAACAGUCUGGCGGCUUGCUUGCUACAAGCGGAACUAGUGAACUAUGAACGAGUAAAGGAAUAUUGCCUCAAAGUCCUGAAGAAAGAAGGGGAUAAUUUCAAGGCCCUGUAUCGUUCUGGUGUGGCUUAUUAUCAUCUCGGAGAUUAUGAUAAGGCGUUACAUUACCUGAAGGAAGCAAGGAACCGAGAGCCAACAGAUACAAAUGUGAUCAGAUACAUCCAACUGGCAGAGAUGAAGCUCAGCAGAUGCUCGCAGAAGGAAAAAGAAGCACUUUAAAGGCAGUUGCUACUACAGGGUAUGAGAGGACAACUGGUGCAGUGACUGGUGGGCUUUGUUUCGCCAUCAACCUUAUUCUCUGGAUUGGAAGCUUGCCUGCUCGAGACAAGCUCUGGCUCCUCAGCUGAGGGAUUGAAGAGCCAGAGGCCAUUUGAAGUUUGGCAUUUUGUGUAGCCAGAAACAGAUUGGAAGUGAGCCCGAAGCUGUGACGUCAUUACAAGACUUAUCGGCAAGCUUUGUUUGGGACAUUUUUAAAUUGCGUUGCUUGGUUGAGGAAGGUAACACGUUUAAAAGGUUCAUUUUUAAAAAAAAAAUGACUGUUAACAAAAGUUUACAGAGAAACUGAAAGCCCGAGGAGUUUACCACUCUUAAGGGAUAGGGAGAGACAUGCUUUUGCAAUGACACCACAGCGAUCUCACAAAAUGGUCAACUCCAGUUGUCCUGAUUGAAAACUGGCCAAGGGAGAUUAUUGUCAAACAAUUGAUUUGAUGGCCAGCAUCCACAACAUUUGAACAGAAAGCAGUCUUGUAUAUUUGCACUGCCAUUUAGCCUUUAUUUGUUCAGGUUUUAGCGAUUUGAGGGAAAGGUUGAGAGUUGCUGCUCAUAGAACCUGUUUAGAAUAAUACACAUGAAUUAUUAUACUCAGAUUUUAAGAAGUACCUGUACAGUGAGGGAACAAGUAUCUACAACUAUUAUCAAUUUUGAUAAACACGCUUUAAAUUAAAAAAAAAACUUUUAUUGAAGUGGAAUUAGCUAUGGUAUAACACAAGUGUUGAGCAUGCUAAGUGCACUGGCAAAAACAAAGUGGAGGAAGAGCACAAUAAUUGUUUGCAAUUACCCUGAGAUUACAUUGUAGUAUACAAAAUGCAUAAUGAACUUGUCUCGAGCUUCUCUAUCCAUUAUUUUAGUGGAGACAUUUAAACAAUUAACACAAAAAAGUGCAUUUGAAAGCUAGAGAAAUGAAAGAGAGAGGAAUGUAUUAUUUUUCAACUAGAAAAGAAGCUGCUGCAAAAAGCUGGGUGUUUUUUAGGUCUCACUGAUAACCAUUCGUUGCCAUGGUGAUAGAAUCCAUUAGCAAUUGCACAGAAAACCUAGAUGUG